UCAACUGUAAUUUUUCUGUUUUUUCCUUCUAGUUUUUGGACAUUGCCUCUGGAUGAAUAAUGGGGGAGAUUGAGGGAACAUAUCGAGUCCUGCAGACUCCUGGUUCUCGUUUGGGAGUCCAGAAAAACAGUGGAGUGAGCACACUGGAGCCUGGGCAGAACCUCUCUACCACAAUGGCAUUAACACCUAGCAAAGUCCAUGAGAGGGAUCUACACAUCAAAAUAAAGAUGUUGGACAAUACUGUGGAAGUACUUGACAUUGAGUCAAAAUGCUAUGGCCAGACGGUGCUGACAGAAGUUUAUAAACACCUAAAUUUAAUUGAGUCCGACUACUUUGGAAUUGAGUUCCAGAACAUCCAAUCAUACUGGAUUUGGCUCGAACCUAUGAAACCUGUUGUUAAACAAGUACGGAGACCAAAGAAUACAAUGCUUCGUCUAGCUGUAAAGUUUUUCCCUCCUGACCCAGGUCAGCUGCAAGAGGAAUAUACCAGAUACCUGUUUGCAUUACAAAUCAAGAGGGAUUUAGCAGAAGAACGACUAACCUGCAGUGACAAUACAGCAGCACUUCUCAUCUCUCAUCUUCUACAAUCUGAGAUAGGGGAUUUUGAUGAAUAUGAGGAUUGUGAACACCUUAAAACAAAUCGAUACUUGCCAAACCAGGAAAGAAUACAAGGAAAGAUACUGGAGUUUCACAGGAAGCACAUGGGACAAACUCCUGCUGAGUCUGAUUUCCAGGUACUUGAAAUUGCUCGAAAACUGGAGAUGUAUGGCAUUAGAUUCCAUCUAGCAUCUGACCGGGAGGGGACGAAAAUUAACCUAGCUGUUUCACACAUGGGUGUCCUUGUCUUCCAGGGUAGCACAAAAAUCAACACCUUCAACUGGUCCAAGGUCCGUAAACUAAGCUUCAAGCGGAAAAGAUUCCUUGUUAAACUCCAUCCAGAGGUUCAUGGUCCAUAUCAGGAUACAUUGGAGUUCCUGUUGGGAAGCAGAGAUGAGUGUAAGAACUUCUGGAAAAUCUGUGUGGAAUAUCACACUUUUUUCAGGCUGUUUGAUCAGCCAAAACCAAAAGCUAAAGCAGUCUUCUUCAGUAGAGGAUCUUCAUUCAGAUACAGUGGACGAACACAGAAACAGCUGGUGGACUAUGUUAAAGACAGUGGGAUGAAGAAAACUCCCUAUGAAAGGAGGCACAGCAGAUCUAGAGCGUCUGCCCACACCUUUAACACAAAUGUGCCAAAACAGAAUGUCUCGUUUACUGAGACCUUAAGACUUCCUGAGUCUUCUGCCUCAGUAUCUGCCCCCUUCUAUUCAGUCCAUACAUCAUCCACCACCACCAGCAGCACACCCAUCUUAACAGACACCAGUCCUUCCUCCUUGGACCCUAGAGCACCAUACAUGAGGAACCCAACAGCAGAAAAGAGUCUUGCCACACCUGCUGAAGACACUGGGAAGAAAAUGUCACAGCAGCCUGGAUCUCCCAUACUCCAGCCAUUCCAAGUUCUAGGCCUUUCAGGGGAGCAUCCACAGCUGUCGCCAUUCACUUUGAAGAGUCAACUGAGUUUGAACCCUGCAGUUCAAGUGAAUUUGCACCCAGGUGGCCAGGGUCCAUCUCCUCUUCUGAGCCCUGUCUUGAGUGAUGCUGGUGGUGCCAGGGUAGAAGAGGAUGAUGAAGCCAGACGUAAGCGAUAUCCAACAGACAAAGCAUACUUCAUAGCCAAGGAGAUUCUUGCUACAGAACGGACAUAUUUGAAAGAUCUAGAAGUUAUAACAGUAUGGUUUCGCAGUGCAGUCAUCAAGGAGAAUGCCAUGCCAGAAGGUUUAAUGACAUUGCUCUUCUCCAACAUAGAUCCAAUUUAUGAGUUUCAACGAAGUUUCCUGAAAGAGAUUGAGCAGAGACUAGUGCUGUGGGAAGGACGGUCCAGUGCUCAUGUGAAAGGAGAUUACCAGCGGAUUGGAGAUGUCAUGCUCAGGAACAUGCGUGCAUUGAAGGAGUUUACCAGCUACUUGCAGAAACAUGAUGAGGUCCUGACAGAACUGGAGAAAGCAACCAAGCGCUUAAAGAAACUGGAAAUGGUUUAUAAGGAGUUUGAACUACAGAAGGUUUGCUACCUGCCACUCAACACUUUCCUGCUCAAGCCCAUCCAAAGGCUUAUGCACUAUAAACUAAUCCUGGGGAGACUUUGCAAGCAUUACACGACUGAACACCGGGACUAUGCUGAUUGCAGGAGUGCACUAAAGGAGGUCACAGAGAUGACAUCCCAGCUGCAGCACAGCUUGAUCCGCCUGGAGAAUUUCCAGAAACUGACAGAACUGCAGCAUGAUUUGGUCGGCAUUGAUAACCUCGUUGUACCUGGGAGGGAGUUUAUCCGCGAGGGUUGCUUGUACAAGCUUACAAAAAAGGGUUUACAACAGAGGAUGUUCUUUCUGUUCUCAGAUAUGUUACUAUACACAAGCAAAGGAGUUACGGGUACCAAUCAGUUCAAAAUUCAUGGACAACUUCCUCUCCAUGGCAUGCUGGUGGAAGAGAGUGAGAAUGAAUGGUCUGUCCCCCACUGCUUCACAAUCUAUUCUGCUCAGAAAACCAUAGUAGUGGCUGCAAGCACCCGCCUGGAAAUGGGGAAGUGGAUGGAAGACCUAAACAUGGCCAUUGAAAUAGCCAAGAAAUCUACUGAGAACUCUGACUUGUUCCUGGAAAGCUCCGUGUGCAAUCGCUCUAACAGAUCCUCUGAUGAGGUCUCUCUAGAACAAGAAUCUGAAGAUGACAUACACUCUUCUCGUAGCUCGCUGGACAGGCAGAGCCACCACCGUGCCAACACUACCAUGCACGUGUGCUGGUACCGCAACACGAGCGUCUCCAUGACUGACCACAGUGUGGCUGUUGAGAAUCAACUCUCAGGAUACCUGCUGAGAAAGUUCAAAAACAGCAAUGGCUGGCAGAAGCUCUGGGUCGUCUUCACCAACUUUUGCUUGUUCUUCUACAAGACUCACCAGGAUGAUUAUCCAUUGGCCAGUCUCCCACUCCUUGGAUACACAGUCAGCACCCCAGUGGAGGCAGAUGGCAUCCAGAAAGACUACGUCUUCAAGCUGCAGUUCAAAUCCCAUGUGUACUUUUUCAGGGCUGAGAGCAAGUACACCUUUGAAAGGUGGAUGGAAGUGAUCAAGAGAGCCACAAGUUCUCCAGCAAGAUCUAGCCUGUUGGCUCCCAAGGAUGAAAAGGAGGAGACUCUCACAAACUGAUGAGGGCAGAGCUGGGUCUCUGCUGUCAACAUCUAUUAGUGGGCUUGGGCGGGAAUAGGAGUUUGGGGCUGAUAAUGCUGUUAAGUUACAAGCUGAUUUCCACCUGGGGUGGGAAAGGUUGUUAAGCAAGAGAAGGGACAAACUGGAAUCGCAUCAGGUUCAACUGGCCUUGAGGACACUGUCUGCUCCAAUCGCACCUAGUUGAAGAGACAGAGAACCUGACAAUGGCAGCAAAACUCCCUCUGUGGGAAAAAUAAUGGUUUGUUAUGCGCACACGUUGUGGAAAGGAUCAUGUUUCAGUUAUGUGGAUUCUGGACAUGUUGGAGUAGCAGGUCUGGAUGGAGACAGAAGCAGUACCUGUCUCUUUCGUUGUCACUGGGUGUUCAGCAGCUGUCAGAGAUUAAUAGCAGCUGUCAGUGGUGUUCCUUGGCGCACAGUUGCUGGUGUCAGGCACUCUGGCUCCCAGCAGCUCCCUUAUCCUGACACAGUCCAGCUAAAACCACCUAUGUACUGUUUGCUGCUCUUACCUUCAGCUUACCAUCCACAAACAUAUUAGACUCAUUGGAGCUCUGCAGAUGUAUCCACUUGAAUGCUUACAUUCAUACCUGAAAACAGUUUCUGUAGAAUGACUGAGCUACUCAGGAAACUGCCAUGGUAACACCUUCAUCUUGGUAUUUUAUUUUAUUUUAUUUUAUUCUGUUUUUGGAAAGGGAAUGGGGAGAACCUGAACCUUUGUUUGCUUAAACACGUCAUGUGGCACAGCUGGGAGCAGGGGAUGUGUGAGAGAAAACACCUGUGUUUUUCCUGAGACCUCAGAGGCUUCCUAACAUUGCUUGUUUUACCUCCUGAGUUUUUUGCCGCCUGUACUCAGGGAGGGCUCACCUGGCAAAACCUUUACUUGUCCUCUGCUGGGGAAGGCAUCGCUUAAGGCAGGGAAAGCCAACAAACUACCCUCAGCAUCCUCUAGUGCAGUGGUUCUCAAUCUCUUUUGUACCAGGACCCAUUUGUAAACAUCAAUGGCCAGUCUGACCCAGUGCCUCCAGUCCCCAGCCCCGCAGUGUGUGGUGCAGUGGGGGAUGUGGGG